AUGCCGCCCAAACCAGCACCAACGCACUUUCUGUGCAUCCCCUUGGCGUCGCCACAGCUCGCACGCGCCUGGGCAUCCUUCCGCGCCGACGUCACCAGCCCAAACAGCUUCGCGCUGCCCGAGGACGCCGUGCGGCCGCUCGGCACGCUGCACCUGACGCUCGGCGUCAUGAGCCUGAAGCAGGACGGCGUGGACAAGGCGGCAGAGGUCCUGCGGUCGCUGCGUCCGCGCGAGCUUCUCGCCGAGCUUAGAGCGUCCAAGACGACGACGACAUCGCCGCUCGCGCUACCGCCCAACGCACAGCCUGCCCCGGCGGCUACAGCGGCGGCAGGCGAGGGCGGCGGCGGCGGAAGCAUCGCGGUCAGCCUCCGCGGCCUACAUGCCAUGCAAGCGCCGCACAAGACCUCGGUGCUGUACGCGCCGCCCACGGACGAGGAGGGUCUACUGUACCCGUUCUGCGAGAGGCUGCGGGCGCCGUUCCGCGAGGCCGGGCUGAUGGAGGACGAGGGCCGGCCGAUGCUGCUGCACGCGACAAUGGUGAAUACCAUCUACGUCAAGGGCGCGAGGGGCGGUGGGCGGAGGAGCAGAGAGCGCAUGAUGCUGGAUGCGCGCGACGUGCUGGCCCGGUACGACGACUUUGAGUGGGUGGAGGGUCUGCCUGUUACGCGCAUUGCGGUGUGCAGGAUGGGGGCGAAGAAGGUGGAGGGGAGCGACGACGAUGAGGCGUAUGAGGUGGAAGCUGAGGUGCAAGUAUAG